CAAGUGGAAGUGGAGGGAGAAAAACGGAGAGCAAUGGCAACCCUCCAUGCGCCGCUCACCUCUCACUCAUCCCCAACACAUUACUAACCAAAAUUACGACCAAUACUCGCAUUACCAACAGCUACUGUCCCUUAUCGAUCGAUGUUACGACAUGAAACAAGUGAAGCGAAUUCAUGCUCACCUGCUCCGUGUUGGUCACCUCUUUUUCGAUCCCUACUCGGCGAGUAGACUUGUCACACUCUGUUCCUUCUCUCCUUUCUCGAGUCUCGAUUACGCUAGAAAGGUAUUCGAUCAGAUUCCCCAACCAAAUGUUUUCACCUGGAACACCCUCAUUCGUGCAUACGCUUCCAGUCCAACGCCCAACCAUAGCCUCCUAAUCUUCUCCAAAAUGCUCCAUCAGUGUCUUCACCCACCCAACAAAUACACUUACCCAUUUGCAAUCAAGGCAGCGUCAGAGCUCUCGGCUUUGCACGAGGGAAGAGUGUUUCAUGGCAUGGCCAUUAAAGCCUCUUUGGGUUCUGAUAUUUUCAUCCUGAAUUCUCUCAUUCAUUUCUAUGCUGCAUGCGGGGAAAUGGAUGAGGCUUUUAAGGUGUUCGUGAAAAUUCCCAAUAGGGAUGUUGUUUCUUGGAAUUCUAUGAUUACUGCUUAUGCACAGGCAGACUAUCCUGAGAAAGCUUUAGAGUUGUUUCGGAGAAUGGAGCUGGACAACGUAGAGCCGAACGAUGUGACCAUGGUGGGUGUUCUUUCUGCUUGUGCCAAGAAUUUGGACUUGGAGUUUGGGAGGUGGGUUCAUUCUUACAUUGAGAGGAAUGAGAUUGAUAUGGAUUUGAUUUUGAGUAAUGCCAUGCUUGACAUGUAUACUAAAUGCGGUCUUGAAGAAGCUAAAAGAAUGUUUGAUAAGAUGCCCGAGAAAGAUUCUGUCUCAUGGACCACGAUGAUUGUUGGGUAUGCAAAAUCAGGGAAGUUUGAUGCUGCCCGUAGUGUUUUUGACAUAAUGCCUAAUCGAGAUAUUGCUGCAUGGAACGCCCUGAUCUCUGCUUACGAACAGAGUGGCCAUCCAAAGGAGGCGUUAUCUCUCUUCCAUGAACUGCAGGUGGCUGCGACUGCCAAACCAGACCAGCUAACCCUCGUUAGCGUGUUGUCUGCUUGUUCCCAAUUGGGUGCAAUGGACCUUGGUGGGUGGAUACACAUUUACAUAAAGAAGCAGGGGCUGAAGUUGAACUGCCAUCUUACGACCUCUCUCAUUGACAUGUACUCCAAGUGCGGGGAUAUGGUUAGAGCUCUUGAAGUGUUUCAAUCCAUGGAACAGAAAGAUGUGUAUGUAUGGAGUGCCAUGAUUGCAGGAUUGGCAAUGCAUGGGUGUGGUAGGGCUGCGGUUGAACUUUUCUUUCAGAUGCAAGAGGCCAAGGUUAAGCCCAAUGCUGUGACUUUUACAAACCUUCUUUGUGCUUGUAGCCAUGCUGGAUUAGUGGAGGAAGGUAGACUUUAUUUUAAUCAGAUGCUGACAGUGUAUGGGGUUGCACCUGAGGCCAAGCAUUAUGCAUGCAUGGUUGAUAUUCUCGGUCGUGCUGGUCUCUUAGAAGAAGCUAUAGAAUUGAUAGAGAAAAUGCCGUUAUCCCCUGGUGCUUCUGUUUGGGGGACAUUGCUCGGUGCCUGUAGGAUUCAUGGAGAUGUUGAGUUAACAGAAAAUGCCUGUAAGCAUCUGCUCGAGUUGGAGCCUAGGAAUCAUGGAGCCUAUGUGCUUUUGUCAAAUAUAUAUGCCAAGCUAGGGAAGUGGGAUGCUGUCUCAAGGUUGAGGAAGCGUAUGAGAAAUGCUGGAAUCAAGAAAGAGCCUGGUUGUAGCUAAGAGGUUAAUGGCGUCGUACAUGAAUUUCUGGUUGGGGAUAACUCUCACCCCCUAUCUAAGAAGAUUUAUUCUAAGUUAGAUGAGAUCGUUUCAAGAUUGAAGUCAAUAGGUUAUGUGCCAAAUAAAGAUCAUCUUCUUCAGAAUGUUGAAGAUGAGGUUGCUAAGGAGCAUGCUCUAUAUCUUCACAGUGAGAAGUUAGCGAUAGCUUUUGGACUUGUUAGCACAGACUACCCUACACCAGUUCGGAUUGUCAAAAAUCUCCGCAUAUGUGGGGAUUGUCACUCGGUUGCUAAGCUCGUUUCUCAGCUUUAUAAUAGAGAGAUACUACUAAGGGAUCGGUAUCGAUUCCACCACUUCAAAGAGGGUCACUGUUCUUGUAUGGACUAUUGGUGAAGCGGUAUCAUUGGCCUGGAAACAAAACUUCAUCUUAUAUUUGUAUAUGUAACUUGACAAUACUUUGUGAUUGGUUAUGCGGGGAUACCAGGAGCAUGCAACAGUAGCUUGAAGUGAAUUAACAUGUAGGGCAACCCCUACAGUUUGCACGAGUUUGAAGCUGGGGUCUAUUUGGAGCGAAGUUGUGAUUUGGAGCUUUAACAAUGAGCUUGGUUUGAAAAUAGGAACAGUUCAGAGCACAGCAAUCGAGUGGACUUACAAAAUGUUGAUCACUUGAUCAACUAAUCAGGUCCAUCUAUUCGGUCUGGUUUACC